AUAAAAAAGUGAGUAAGGAGGAACACCAGACAGAAAUCAUGGGUGCUUUCCUUGCUUUGUACACCUUUGCUGCUGUCAUUCUCCUGGUCAUUCAUGGAGGUUUGUGUGUGGAUAUCAUUGGAGGGACUGAAGUAGCACCACACUCGAGACCAUUUAUGGCACAAAUCGUGGAACCAAAAAGAUUUGUUUGUGGAGGAGCUUUGGUCAAGGAAAACUGGGUGUUAACAGCUGCCCACUGUGAGGUGAAAGAAGGCAAAGUUAUUCUUGGAGCUCAUUCACGGAAAGCAAGUGAAAAACAAACACAGACUUUCCAGAUUGCAAAGCAAAUUCCCUACCCAUGCUAUGACUCCAUUUCCAAGGAAAAUGACAUUAUGCUGAUACAGCUUCACAAAAGAGCAACACUUACUCCAGCUGUGGAACUCAUUCCCCUGCCUACUUCAGAUGAUGAUCCCAAACCAGGAACAAUUUGCACAGUAGCAGGAUGGGGAAAAACUGACAAUCGUCGGAAAACGCUUUCUGCUACCCUGAGGGAAGUCAAUAUCACUGUCAUCAGUAGGCAAGUCUGCAAUGACAAACAUCAUUAUAAUGGCAAACCUGUUAUAACAGAGAACAUGAUAUGUGCAGGGGCUAAGAAUGGAAAAAAGGACUCAUGUGAUGGAGAUUCUGGUGGACCUUUAAGAUGCAAUAAUGUGAUGAGAGGCAUCACUUCUUUUGGGAAGAAAAAGAAGUGUGGUAGUGUUGAUGGCCCUGGUGUCUACACUCGACUCACAAACCAGUACCUCCAGUGGAUAAGGAAAACCAUAGGGGGGGCCUAAUAGAUUGGGUUUUGGGCAAGUGAUAUGUGUAAUAGCAUCUAGUUUUCAAAUAGUCUUUUAAAAUGGUUAUACCGGUAAAAGAGGUAUUUCCACACCGAAUUUUAGCAGCUUGCUGUAGUUCAGCUACAACAGCAUCUAUAGCUUAUACUGUCAGCCAUGGAGUCAUUGAAUGGAGUUUUGUGACUCAGGAUUCCAACAUUCUUGUGUUGCAUGUUGCUCUACAUGGAUUAGUAUUUCUGAUAAAACAUCUAAUCCACCUAGUUGCGUGCUGAGUAUAUACUGCACUCUUCUGUAUAUGGACUUUUGCAAAUAACUCUGAUAUUUAGUGAGAUGCUGGGUACAACUCCAGACAUCUGAAAAGCUUAGUAGCCUCUCUGAUUUUACAAGUGUAGUAGACUGCAAGUCUUCAGAAAGUUAAGUUGCAGCAACUGCAUUUGAUUGUGGGACAUUGUAAGUGUGCAUUUCCUAACUGUUCUGUAUUUGAAACCUCUAGAUUUUAUUCCUUUAUGUACUUUGCAUUUAAUAAAGAAAUGGCAAUA